CCAUUAGUCGGUCCGUUGCCGGCACGCUGACCGCGCGUAGUUCGUGCGAUAGUAUUUCACAAUACGAUCGUAAAACAUGAGUAGCGGCAAGAGGAAGCUCUCCUUCCUCGGCUUUACACCGCAGGGCGAGGGUCAGGACGAGCUGCGUUUGGACGAAGAAAUGGAUCGAGUGGUUUGGAGCGAAGCUGCUCAGCCGCCUCGACUGCAAGGCACCAGCGAACCAGUGAGAGAUAUGGCUGCGCCUCCGCCGCCUUACAUUCAAGAUGGUGAAAGUCAACCGAGUAGCUCUGAUAUAACUUCUAUCAGCACUUCGCUACAUCUAACUUCAGGCUCAGACCAGCAGACGUCAAUGCAGUUGUCCAGUUCAGGAUCGGCUUUGACUUCUCGUGAUGAAGAUCGACACGUGCAGUUCGACGGUGAACCGAAACCAUCUUUGAGCUUACUCGACGAAAUUAAUGAAGAGCGCAAGGCCCAAAGGCAUAAUCGACACUUGCACCCGCAUAAGACACGCAAAUAUUCAUUGCAAGAGGGCGGUCGUGUCAGCUUAGAUGGAGAACGUCGCCCCUUAACUGGACCUACAGAUGAGCCUCUACAGGAAAUUGAUCAAGACGAAAUCCGUAGCCAUCGUAGCGACGACCCACGUGCUUUACGUCGUCACAAAAUUCAACCACGGGGAUCCACAGUACAUGUCAGCCGCAAAGAUGGUGGAGACAAAGCGCAAAACAUUUUCUCUGAAACUCUAAAGAAAAUGUACGACCAUAGUCCGCACUCGGUGUUCGUUCAAUUGGAUGAGUUGCUGGCGACGGAAGAUGGCGAUGCUGAGUGGAAGGAGACAGCUCGUUGGAUUAAGUAUGAAGAAGAUGUGGAGGAAGGGUCGGCUCGUUGGGGCCGGCCUCACGUUGCAUCUCUUUCUUUCCACUCUUUGCUUAACUUACGCCGAUGCCUUGAAACCGGUGUUGUGUUGCUGGAUCUUGACGAAAAAGACCUUCCCGGUGUCGCAUACAGGGUUGUCGAGAGUAUGGUUACUGAAGGACUCAUAGAAGAGGACGACAAGCCUGUGGUCAUGCGUUCAUUGCUAUUGCGUCAUCGGCACGUUCACGACGAGCGGUUCCGGUUCUCCAUCAGUGGUCGGAAGCAAUCAUCUUACACAAGCCUACAGUCGCUGUGGAUGGAGGAGGGCGCCUCGGUGGGUGGCCGACGGCCAUCAUGCGCGCUGUGUUCUCCUGCCGGCGCCUGCCGUCGGCACAGCGCCCACGUUUUUAAUCUUUCGGACCAAAGGAGACGACGCAGUUCGUAUGCUUUACCGCUUGAGCGGAUGGAAGCUCGGAAAAAGUCGUCAGCAGCUGCCUUAGAUAUGCGCGAAGUUGAAUAUUUAGCAACCACUGCAGUCGGAUCGCAGGAUGAACUACGCAAAGGACAUAAUGAUUCAAUCCUAAAACGUAUCCCAGAAGAUGCAGAAGCUACUACAGUACUCGUUGGUGCCGUUGGUUUUCUAGACCAACCGACGAUUGCCUUUGUUCGUCUUGGUCAAGGAAUUCUUAUGCCAUCGAUUACGGAGGUUCCAAUUCCUGUGCGAUUCAUGUUCAUUCUUCUUGGGCCAACAACAGCCGAUCUCGACUAUCAUGAAGUCGGUCGCUCGAUCUCAACCCUGAUGUCAAACCCAUCAUUUCAUUCUAUCGCUUAUAAAGCAGAUGACCGCCGUGAACUAUUAUCGGCGAUAAACGAAUUCUUAGACGACUCCAUUGUACUGCCUCCUGGUGACUGGGAACGCCAGGCAUUAUUACCAUUCGAAGAGUUACGGGCUAAAAGUGAAAUGAUAAGACGUAGGAAACGUGAUGCUCUUGAGCGCAAACGUGCUGCUGCUACUGCCGCAGAACAACCUUUAGACGAAAAAAAGGCUCUUUUGGCCGCAGAAACUGGAGGAAUACCCGAAAAGGAACCUGAUGAUCCUCUUUCGAAAACUGGCCGUCUUUUUGGCGGUGUUAUUCGGGAUAUAAAACGACGCUAUCCAUAUUACCUUUCGGAUUUCCGUGAUGCAUUGAACGGGCAAUGCGCUGCGGCAACUAUCUUUAUGUAUUUCGCAGCGCUCUCAUCAGCUAUUACAUUUGGUGGUUUGUUAGCAGAAAAAACUGAUAAACAAAUUGGAAUAUCUGAAACAUUGGUAUUUACAUGUGUUGGGGGAUUAUUCUUUGCACUGGUUGCUGGCCAGCCCAUGAUGAUAACAGGUGCUACAGGACCUCUUCUACUUCUGGAUGACGCGCUAUAUGUAUUCUGCCGAUCGUAUGGAUUUAACUUCUUGGCCGCGAGAAUGUACUGUGGACUGUGGAUGAUAAUAAUUGCACUUUGCGUUGCGUCUAUUGAAGGUAGUGUUGCCGUGAAAAAGAUUACAAGGUUCACUGAGGAUAUUUUCGCAUUUUUAAUUUCGUUAAUCUUCAUAUCGGAGCCGAUAACUAACAUCAUUAACGUGUACCGCUCACAUCCACUAGGAUACGAUUAUUGUGAAAAUGAUACUGAAAUAACCAACAACGCAACCUUAACCCCAACAACAUUAAACGAUACUGACGCAGCAAAUAUGACAUCGACUCCUGCACCAGUAGUACAUCACGCAGUGAUACCUCCGCAACCAAAUACUGCACUUUUCUGCACAAUGCUUACAUUAGCCACCUUCAUAAUUGCCUACUACUUGCGUAUCUUCCGUAAUGGAAAGUUCCUUGGGCGUAGUGCACGUCGUGCUCUCGGUGACUUCGGGGUUCCCAUCGCUAUCGUCUUAAUGGUUGGAAUUUCCUGUCUUGUUCCUGUUUGGACUGAGAAACUUCAAGUUCCAGACGGUCUAAGCCCCACCUCUCCGCGAUCCUGGCUGGUUCCUCUUAACCCUGGACUUGAAACGAUUCCUUUUUGGGCAGCAUUGGCUAUGGUGCUACCAGCUCUCAUGGUGUAUAUUAUCGUAUUUAUGGAGACCCACAUCGCCGAGUUGAUUAUUGACAAGCCGGAGCGUCGCUUGAAGAAGGGCAGUGGCUUCCAUAUGGACAUCGUGAUAAUGUCACUGGUUAACGCGGUAUGCGGUAUGUUCGGUGCGCCGUGGCAGUGUGUGGCCACCGUACGUUCCGUCAGUCACGUGUCUGCCCUCACGAUCAUGUCUACCACACAUGCUCCCGGUGACAAGCCGCAUAUUGUUGAAGUUAAAGAACAACGUCUAACUGGUCUUUUGGUAGCUUUCCUUGUUGGAAUAUCGGUUUUGGCUUCAAGUUGGCUAAGAUUGGUGCCAAUGGCAGUGCUAUUUGGAGUUUUCCUUUACAUGGGUAUUUCGGCUCUUGGUGGUAUCCAGUUCUGGGACCGAUGCAUUUUACUUUUCAAGCCAGUUAAACAUCAUCCACAAAUUCCAUAUGUCAGACGUGUACCGACAGUCAAAAUGCAUCUGUUUACAAUUAUUCAGUUGGCUGGAAUAUGCUUACUGUAUGCGGUGAAGUCAUCUCGCUUCUCCCUUGCUCUGCCGUUCUUUUUAGUGCUGAUGGUUCCUCUACGAAUGGCCUUGGUGUAUGUGUUCACUCCACUGCAGCUGCGUGCGUUGGACGGUGCCCAAAAAGACAUUGAACAAGACGAUGAGCCAGAUUUUUACGUAGAAGCGCCAUUACCCGGAUAGGGAAAGCUUUCCCAAAGACAACUUGCUUAUGAGUUGAGAGUUCGCACAAUCUAGAUUUAUAUAGAAAAACCUAGAGAGAUGGAGUCAUUUUAUUCAUGUAUGUGCGAAUAGAUUAGUAUUUAAAGACAUGUGUGCACAAGUGAACGAUGGACUCUAUGGUUUUUUAACUGACAUAUCUAAUGAUCUAAAAUCGAAAUAUUUAAAUUAUUUACAAUUGAGUGGAGUACAAGUACAAUUGAGACUCUUAAUUUAUCAUCAUAUCAAAUGCGAUUAAAAAAAUAUCGUUUAAAUAAUAUCUAUAAACGAGUAUACUAUACCCAUUUGACAUAAAUGUCAAGAAAAUAUUCAAUAAGUUGCCGUACUAAAUGGUGCCUAAAAAAUCCACAUACAAGAUUUUAGUGUAGUAGCUGGCGAUAAAUAUUGGAGAUCGACCUUUGAAAAGAGACAAUCGGCUAAUUUCGGCUUCAUAGAGUUCGUUAUCUGAUUCGUACACUAAAUAUGUGACGUUUUUUAGUCGUUGUUCAAGUGCGGCAGAGUUCAGUCGCCUCUCAAAACAAAAUAUAUAUAAAUAGAGUUGUAAAACCCCCAACUUUUAAUUAAUUAAAGUUUUAUGAUGGCAUAUUUAGUGUGUAUGUGUAUUGUUCUAGUUAUAACUAAUAAGUAGUAGUUAUAACUAUAAAUGAACACAUCACGAAUCACAAUAAAUUUGUUGAAAGAUCCCCCAAUUCAAACACCAUUGAACAAGAAAUGAUAAACUGGUUAAACAGACACAAAAUUUCAGUUGAUCUAAAAUUGGCGAAACCCCAGAUUUACGAUAUUAUAUGUCAGCACAAGAAGAGGUUUACAGAGUUUUCCGUGGACAGGGUACUAGUUGAAUAUGGGCACACUGUGUUGCGAUUGCCACCAUAUCAUCGGAUUUUGAUUCAAUUGAAAAUAUAUGGUCUCAACUGAAAGGCUAUAAAUUAUAUUAAGAUUAUUGAAAGCUUUUAUUAGAAUGUGUCAUUUUAAAAAUAGAUAUAAUGGUUUUUGUAACCUUUUUUUUUUCGAGGAGGAAAGGCAUUUACGCCUUCCGCCCGGACACGAUCGGGACGGGUAUGUAGGACUCACGGGGCAGAAGGCCCCCAUACUACCCACUAAAACCUCCUCGUUUCCGUCUCACCGCAUGGUGGCGGGGUUACGGGAACGCGUUAACACACCACCGCGACCCCGCCUGCGGCCGUCGCUUUGAAUGAGCGACCCACCGGUUGUUUUUUAUUGAGGUUUUCUCCUCUUGGCCCGGCCAGUGAAGGCAAGGCCCUCGGUCCCACCACAGGUUGGGGCCUGGAUGGGGAAACGAGUUUGAGAAGGCGGUGACAGAAGUCUGUCCACCCAGCAUCGACACCGAAACUAGGCGAACCCGCCUCUCCCUCCUCCUUCUACUCCUCCUCCUGUCUCCGGUAGCCCGAAAGGACUCCGGAGACCAACUCCUCCUAUUUCUCUCCGGCGGCCCCCGAAUAAAUAAGGACCCCGGAGUCCUCCUAAUUGUCACGAAGCCGCUCGUUGGUCCACUCUGCGCAACAGAGAAGUGCCAGGAGCAGCCCGCGACACUUCCACCGCGUCAGUCUCAGCCGCGAUCGACAAGCAAUCCGGAAAAAACAUCGGAUUGCUGGUCGACCCCGUUGCCCAGGGUGCACCACGUGGAGGUGACUGACACGCACCCCAUGGUUUUUGUAACCUAACCUAACCUAACCUACACCUACUACAGUACCUUUCAUAAAAAAUCCCUAAACAUGAUAUAAGCAUCAUCUUUUUAUUUUAUUUUUCCACGACAUAAGGGCAGCACUUAUAGAAAAAAUUGGUAUAUUUUAUUCAAUUAUACAGACACUUAUAAUUGUACAAUAACAGCCCCUAAUAUAUACCGGACUGUUAGUGUUUCGUGCGAAAGAGGUAAUGCUCUACGAAGCCGAAAAUAGCAGAUUAUCUCUUUCCAAAGGUCGAUGUACAAUAUUUAUUUCUGGGUACUAUAUGUAUAUAUAUUCUUGUGUCAAUUUGUUUAGCACGUCGAAAAAAUAUUAACCUGUUAAUUGAAAUUGCUCAAAUCUUUUUGCCUGUACUUAAUUUUUCAUCACAGCAUAUUUUAAAAAACAGAAUAUGAAUAUUUAUACCUUCUAUGUAGAAUUGUAGAUGCUCAAAUACGAUGUGAAAUUAUAGAGUUUAAAUGAGCUUUGACAAUAUCGGAGUGUGAUUCGGAAUAGAAUAUGACGUGGUGUUUUCCCAUGUUAGUUAUAAAAUUAUUGGACUAUUGUCAACUAUACAAUGUGUUAUGAUAGUACUUACAUGCUGUUAUAUCUAGCUUUAAUGUGAUACGUCCUUUUAAUUACCGUCAAAAGAUAUUUUAUUUAUUUAUGAAUAAUUCUAACAUGUGAAAACUAUAAGUUUGUCUUUAAUUAUUAAGCUUUAUAAUUAUUAUGAGAAAGUAUAUUUUGUGAUUCAUUAUAUAUUGCUCCCCUAUAGAAGAUAUCAAAGAAUCUAAAACUGUAGAACCUAGUAAGUAGAUUUGUUUCUUUAUUACACAUAAAUAUUAUAUUCUAUAUUAACUUUUACCAGGACUGAACAAAAAACAUGUCAUAACGUCCGUAUAUUGCAUUGUUAGUUUUAUAAGAAUAACACUUAAACGGCUGUAUAACUUUAAAACUUCGUAAAAGGUUUAUUAAAAUACUUGUGUCUGGAAGAUACCAAAAUUCAUCAUACAGAAAGUAUUAAACAGCGUCAAUAUAAUUGUUCUGCUAAUUUAUUACAUACAUUUCAAAGGUAUAUUUAUAAUGGUAAAGGUAUAUUAAUUAUUUCGAAAUAUUUUUUACAAACUUGUUUAUUAAUUGUUUACGUAACUUAAGAUACUGCUUAAGAAAGUGCGUGAAUUCCAUUCCGUAUUCAUGUAAUGGAUAACGUGCAGCAUUAAAUAACGAAAGACAUAUAUGUGUUAUUAAUAUUUAAAUGAUGUUUAUUAUUUGCAAAUCGCUUAUUUAUUUACCUACUUAAAUUACCUGUAUGCCAAAGCAUAGGUGCCAAAGAGACGGUUGUUUGAAUAUAAUGAAAUAUUUAAACGAUAGGACAUGGUUCUCACGCACUUGUGAAUUAAAAAGAUGUAACAAGGUUAUUCAGUAUUACACGGAUAUUGUACAUUUAGAUAUAAGUCCAUUCUUAUAAUUAUUAUUAUUGUAGUAGCAAGUUCUCAAACUGUAAGUGUACCACCAUUAUAUCGUAGUCUUAAUUCGUAUGCUAUAUUAAUAUAAUCAUAUAUACAUUUGAGUAGGCAUACAAUUAGGAUUUGUCCACCAUACGCACUAAAUAGAUAAGCUUCAAUAUAAUACGUUUCUACAUUUUAACUCAGUUUGAGCAAAAAUAUGAAAUGUAAUGAAGUAUGAUUACAGUAAAACUUCAGGACCUUUCAUAUCAGAGAUAAUGUUAAACGGCCCAACAAAUUAAUAGGUAAACUCAUCUAAAUAAAUUAAAGCUCACUACCAACUUUAAUUUGCUAAUAUCAAAUUAGCUAGCAUAUUGAACCUAAUUAACUAUCCGGAAGUUUAUUUAAUUAUCGUCGCGUGAAGAGUAAUUAAAGCGUUUUAGGUAUUAUAUUUAUUGAAUAUUAUGGUAAUUUAUCCUGUUUGAAAAAACAAUGUAGAUUCUAAGCUAUCAUUAUGGUAAAAUUUAGUAAUGAAAAUAAUAGUGAUCAGGAAACAGUCGGUACUUUAUAAAAGGCGACGCCGCUUAUAAUUUGAUGCUAUUCAUAAGGAGUUUUGCUUCUUUAUAAACAGUUACGGCCUACGAUGAAACAGGCCGCAUCACGCCCGUGCUGGCGAGGAACGCUAUAUGGACAUUCAGAUACAAUGAGUCGGGAAGCCAUUUAAACGUUUCUUCAUUUUAUAUAAAAAAAUCUAUUGUAUGCACAUUGUGUAAUUUUACUUUCUUAUUAAAAUGUAUAAGCAUAUUCUUAAACUAGGAACAUACUAAAAUUUAAAAAUAAUUAAGCGUACUUAAUAUUGUAGAAAACUUAAAGAGUAUGAAAAGUAUAAAAUUUACUUACUUUUUAGAGACCUUUAGAACAUUCCAAAGGCGCGAUUGUUUUGUUUUGAUUUAAUACCGUUAACAAUUUAUAUUUAUAUUCAACUAAUAAUGAUUACAUAUGAAUAUACAACUUUUAUUUUACUUAAAAUUUAUUCUUUAACUAUUAUGUUUAAGUUAAUAAAAUUUAUAGCGAUUACGUCGUUACGUGAUACGAUGAUAAACCCCUGUUAACCAGUUUGAUCAAUUUAAUUUAAUUCUUUUUGUUAUUUUUUAUUUAAGUAAGCCUUAAUUUAAAUAUCACAUUUUAUUUUAAUUAAAAUAUCACAUCUAAGUACUUCUUUAAACAAAAUGUGUACCUUAAUUAGUUCCUUUAAGUACCUAUUUUAAAUUGUUAUUUCAACCUGGGCUGUUUAAAGAUUUGUGUAUUUAC